GCACGCUGCGACAGCUUUUACAUUCCAACCAACGCUCUCACAUACCACAAUCACCCAAUGGCACUUUUAGUGGACAAGCAUCGGCCGCGUAACCUUGAAGCGCUCAGCUACCAUCCUGAGCUUUCAGAUCGCCUACGAGCUCUAGCACAAAGCGGCGACUUCCCUCAUCUCCUCGUAUACGGCCCUUCUGGAGCAGGCAAGAAAACGCGCAUCGUCGCAACCCUCAAAGAACUCUAUGGCCCUGGUGUCGAAAAGAUCAAGAUCGAUGCGCGUGUCUUCCAGACCACAACGAACCGCAAGCUCGAAUUCAACAUUGUCGCCUCCGUAUAUCACCUCGAGAUUACGCCUUCAGAUGUUGGUAACUAUGACAGGGUAGUGGUACAGGACUUGCUCAAGGAGGUCGCGCAGACGCAGCAGGUCGACUUGGGCGCAAAGCAACGCUUCAAGAUUGUCGUCAUCAACGAAGCCGACCAUCUGACGAGAGAUGCCCAAGCAGCGUUAAGGCGAACCAUGGAAAAAUACAGCCCCAACUUGCGAUUGAUUCUGCUGGCAAACUCGACGAGCAACAUCAUUGCUCCCAUCAGAAGUAGAACGUUGCUUGUCAGAGUUGCGGCGCCUACCGAGGCUGAGAUCUGCGAUGUGCUGAGCAAAGUGGGAAAGAAGGAGGGAUGGAAGGAUAUUGAAAGCUUACACCAGAGGAUAGCGAAAGAUAGUGGACGAAACCUGCGAAAGGCUCUCUUGAUGUUCGAAGCAGUGCAUGCACAAAAUGAGAAGAUUACAGAUCAGACACAUAUUCCCCCUCCCGAUUGGGAAGCGCUCAUCGAGCAGAUUGCCCGCCAAAUUGUCGAAGAGCGCUCUCCCCAACGGCUCCUUCAGGUUCGCGCUUCCCUCUACGAUCUUCUGUCACACUGUAUCGACCCGACGACUAUCAUCAAAACACUCACCUGGAAACUCAUACCAAAAACGGAUGAUGCACUGAAGCCAGAGGUCAUCAAAUGGGCGGCCUUUUAUGAGCAUAGGUGUAAGAUGGGCGCUAAGCAUAUAUUCCACCUCGAGGCGUUUGUUGCCAAGUACAUGAGGCUAUACGAAAGCUAUUCCAUGGGCUUGGACUUCGAUUCCGCAUAAUAGAUGGGGCAAUAUCACCGGGAAGGAUUAUCAAGAUAAGUAGAAUAAGAAUCAGGCACGGGCAGACUUAGCGUGAGGUGUUCUGGCGUUGUUGAGCGCGUUUCGCGUACCGGCGUCUGGUAGUUACGUCAUAAGCUAUUAUCGAACCUACCCAAAUACCUCGAGCUCUCUGAGCUUCAACUACACUACAUACCACAUAUACCUUCUGAAUCAACUACCAUACUCGUGCCUUCUCAUAUCAAUUCAGCUAUACUCCAUUCAUCAUCAUGUCAGACAAACUUAUGGACACUGAAGCUGGCGGCGAGCAAACCCAAUACGAAGGCGUUCACACAUAUGUCGAACCACACGACAAGAAAUACGGCCA